AUGUCUUCAGUUGAAUUUCUCAAAGCACCUCUUCAUGAUUUGUUUGCUUGGGCACGUGUUGGUUCCAUGUGGCCAGUAACCUUUGGUUUGGCAUGUUGUGCAGUGGAAAUGAUGCAUGCUUCUGCUUCUAGAUAUGACUUGGAAAGAAAGGGUAUCUUCUUUAGACCUACUCCUCGUCAAGCUGAUGCCAUGAUCAUUGCUGGAACUUUGACAAAUAAGAUGGCACCAGCUCUUCGUAAAGUUUGGGAUCAGAUGGCUGAGCCACGUUACUCAAUUUCAAUGGGAAGUUGUGCAAAUGGAGGUGGUUAUUAUCACUUCUCAUAUCAUGUUGUCAGAGGUGCUGAUCAAAUUGUUCCUGUGGAUGUUUAUGUACCUGGUUGUCCUCCAAAUGGUUGAUAGCUUGUGAAGCUUUGAUUUAUGGUAUUUACAUGCUUCAAAAGAAGAUUAAGAGAAAUCCAUACAAGCCAGAGAUUAUGGAGCAAGAUUUCAACAUGCCAGGAAAAGUGUAUCGUCCAACUGAUUCUAAUAAUCAUCAUUUGAAUCAAUUGUAAAGAGUUUAUUCGAAUCUGUAAUGGGCUUGUCCCAACACAAUCAAUAUGGGAAUUUGAAAACUGCUUGUGUCAACAGCAAAUUAGAAUAAUAAAAAUUGAAAAUUUUCUUUA